AAGACGGAGCAAGUGCUUCCCCUGCUUCAGUAACAACGCUGUUCUCACUGAUCUGUCAAGUUUACCCCCCAACUAGUGGGCGUUUUAGUCCGUAAUUGUUAUUUUAUUUUAUUUUUUGGCACGGUGGAAGUGCACGCUGACAUGAAGGGUUAACCUAAUCUCUUCCAGAAAGGCAUAUUUGAACAUAACAGGGGCCAGGGCAAGACAUAAACGAUGCCAUCCCCGAUGGAGGGAUCUUCCAGGGAAGGUGACCUGUUUACUGUGAAACACGAGCUGAAAAACGCCAACCUGACAGGCCACGUGGAGAAAGUGGGAAUUGAAAACUUUGAGCUCCUAAAGGUGCUGGGCACCGGAGCUUACGGCAAGGUGUUCCUUGUGAGGAAGAUAAGUGGCCACGAUGCCGGGAAGCUGUAUGCCAUGAAGGUCUUGAAGAAGGCCACGAUCGUACAGAAGGCAAAGACAGCCGAACACACGCGGACGGAGCGGCAGGUGCUGGAGCACAUCCGGCAGUCUCCGUUCCUCGUGACGCUUCACUACGCCUUCCAGACGGAUACCAAGCUGCACCUCAUUCUCGAUUACGUAAACGGCGGAGAGCUCUUCACACACCUGGUGCAGAGGGUGCGGUUUAAGGAGCAAGAAGUCGCCCUCUACAGUGGGGAGAUUGUUUUGGCGCUAGAACAUCUCCACAAGCUUGGGAUUGUCUAUCGGGAUCUAAAACUUGAGAAUAUUCUUAUGGAUUCUAAUGGUCACGUGGUUCUGACAGACUUUGGCCUCAGUAAAGAAUUUGAUCAGGUUGAAAGGGCGUUCUCCGUCUGUGGCACGAUUGAAUAUAUGGCUCCAGAAAUAGUUGAGGGGGGAGAGUCUGGACACAACAAGUCAGUGGACUGGUGGAGUCUAGGUGUGUUGAUGUAUGAGCUUCUGACCGGCGGGUCGCCCUUCACUGUCGAUGGAGACGAGAACUCGCACACGGACAUUGCCAAGAGGAUUGUCAAAAAGGAUCCACCGUUCCCCAAAGACAUGGGACCGCUGGCCAAAGACGUAAUCCAGCGACUACUCGUCAAAGAUCCAAAGAAGAGGUUAGGCUCAGGUCCUAGUGGAGCUGAGAAUGUGAAGAAACACCCUUUUUACCAGAAAAUCAACUGGGAGGACUUGGCAGCGAAAAAGGUCCCUGCGCCGUUCAAGCCAGUGAUUCGUGAUGAGCUCGACGUCAGCAACUUCGCAGAUGAGUUCACAGAGAUGGACCCCACCUACUCCCCUGCAGCUUUGCCUCAGAACUGUGACCGCAUCUUCCAGGGAUACUCUUUCAUGGCCCCCUCCAUCCUUUUCAAGAGGAAUGUUGUGAUGGACGACCACGUCCAGCUGUGUGGGGGCUCUGAGAGGCCCGGCUCUGCCGCGGUGGCCCGCAGCGCCAUGAUGAAGGACUCACCUUUCUACAUGAGUUAUGAGAUUGAUCUGAAGGACAGUGCUCUGGGAGAAGGUAGUUUCUCCAUCUGUAGACGCUGCACACACAAGAAGACCGGACAGCGGUACGCAGUCAAGAUCGUCAGCAAGAGGAUGGAGGCCCAGACUCAGCGAGAAAUAGCGGCCCUGAAGCUCUGUGACGGCCAUCCCAACAUCGUCAAGCUGCACGAAAUUUACCACGAUCAGCUCCACACAUACCUGGUUCUGGAGCUGCUCGGCGGAGGAGAGUUGCUGGAAAGAAUCCGCAGGAAGCAGCACUUCAGUGAAACGGAGGCCAGCCGUAUCAUGCGCAAGCUGGUGUCCGCCGUGAGUCACAUGCAUGACGUCGGAGUGGUGCACAGGGACCUCAAACCGGAGAACCUGCUCUUCACCGACGAGGGCGAGAACUCCGAGAUAAAAAUCAUAGACUUCGGCUUCGCUCGCCUCAAACCACCAGACAAUCAGCUGCUGAAGACCCCCUGCUUCACGCUGCAAUACGCCGCUCCAGAGAUACUCAAAUACGACGGCUACGACGAGUCCUGCGACCUGUGGAGUCUGGGGGUCAUUCUGUACACCAUGCUGUCUGGACAGGUGCCUUUUCAGUGUCAGGAGAAGAGCCUGAGCCACACCAGCGCCGAGGAGAUCAUGAAGAAAAUCAAGCAGGGAGACUUCUCUUUUGUAGGAGAAGCCUGGAGAAAUGUGUCCAAGCAGGCUAAAGACCUGAUUCAAGAGCUGCUGACGGUGGACCCGGACAAGAGGAUUAAGAUGUGUGGUCUCCGUUACAACGCCUGGCUGCAGGAUGACAGCCAGCUGUCCUCCAACCCACUCAUGACCCCGGACAUCCUCGGAUCCUCCACUGCCUCCGUCCACACUUGUGUCAAAGCUACCUUUAAUGCAUUUAACAAAUGUAAGCGGGAAGGUUUUCGGCUUCAAACGGUGGACAAGGCACCGCUAGCCAAAAGAAGGAAAAUGAAAAAGACGAGCACCAGCACAGAGACCCGCAGCAGUUCCAGCGAGAGCACCCACUCCUCGUCCUCCUCCUCCCAGUCUCAGGAGAAGACCUUUCCGGAGGGCGAGGCCAAUCCCCCGCCCCCCAACAGCACCCCCGUCAGCACACCGGUGGCCCUGGGGACGGACUCCGGCCGGCAGCCAGAACCUCCGGCCUUCCACUUUUCAGAAGGACAGUGAAGGCGGCGAGAGAGGAAUCCAAACUGGCUCCGGCCGGCGUAGAGACGGCAGCCGUCUUCUUUCCUGUCCCUGGCAGCGCUCUGCCUCCGGCUCCAUUGCAUGGACGUCUGCAUGUCUCCAAAACCAAGCAUGCAGCAAGGAGCCGCAACGGUCACUUCAGUAUCAGUAAUCAUCACUAGCAAUAGCCUAUCCUUUUCUUUCUCUCUGACUCUCACACACUGUGUCAAUCAGGGACUGGACCAGGAAGACGUCGCCAUCGUUGGGAGUGAAAAGGGCUGCUCUACUGUCCCCGGUCCAGGCAGGCGACGGAGAGGCCCCUGUCUCGUCACAACGUCUCCGUCCUCUCCGUUUGCUGUCUUCGGCCGCGUCCACAGGGCUUUUAAAGGGAAACGUGUUUACACCAUGGAGGUUUUAUAUUUUUCAUCAAAGGAAAUUAAGAAAUGCAACGGAACCCGGGUUCACUUCUCCUUUCCGAGAAGUCUCUGAGAGAUGGGGCUGGUUAUUUAUAUAUGAAUUUUACAGACUGAAAUUAAUUUAUGAUAAGCUACAUUGUUAACUUAUUUAUGGUUCUAAACAAUCUGAGAUGAAAAAAGUGGAAACAGUGAAUCUUAAAAAAGAAAGAGCAUAUUUUUUGUGUAGGUUUGAUUCCCUACAAAUCAAGAGAGUGUUUUUACGUAGUCUCUGUUCUGUCCCGCUUCUUUAUAUUUGUCAGACGUUAAUGGGAAGUUGUAGGUUAUUGACACAAUUAUGUAGACAUUGUAAGAGUAUCAUAGACAAAAAAAAGAGAUUAAAAUCAUUAACUAAGGGUUAAUGGUUUGUCAAAUUCAUAAAGUCAAAGUCAAGUCUUUUGAAUUUUUAAUGUUUAUGUAUAAUGGUAAAUAUUAGGAAUUGAAUUCCAGCCCUGUGGUCUGUGUUUAAAAAACAAAACAAACAAAGACGUACAUGUCCGUAUGGAUUAGAUAUGUUGGUGUAGUACAUUCUGCCAAAUCCGUGGUUUUAUUGUAGUACAGGAAGUACUGGUGCCUGCAGAGAUGGUACUGGGAUGGGGUUGUUAUCUCUGUCGGAGGAUACUGCUGUGGGAUUCUGCGUGGCGAGUCCUCGCGGCUCUGUCUCCGGGUUUCAUAUCUAGUCCAGCAGUGGAUUAUCUUUGUGUUAAAGGCAGGACACGCUGUCAACGGCCUUUGCCGCUGAGGUUGCGGUGCAGUGUGGGGGAAAAGGGCAAACCGGCUCAAAUUGAGCCCAUCUAGGGCGCCAGUUGCUAGGCGACCAAAAAGCUUUCCAGGAAGUGGGUAGCAGAUAUUUACUAGUGUUUCAAGUCGUUGAGACUUCUGCUUGUCACAGAAGUAUAAGGGAGACGAGGUUGUGUGGAUGGACGAUGUCCUCAAACACAGUGGGCAGUUUGGAGCGUUUUAGGCUCCUCCAGGGGUUCCAGAUGUCACUUCAGGCUGAUCGGGAGCAGUUUGGCCAUCUGCUGGGGUCAGAAGCGUUGAUUUAAGGUUGCUGGGGCAGAUCAUCACUUCAAAAGAAAAAAAAGAAAUAUCCAGAUGUUAAAGUCAAGUUGUUGCAGAGUUCUUUCCACACCAGAUAUUUCCUCUUUAUGUCACAGUAUGUCUUCAAUCUCACAUUGUAGAGCACAGAAAGUGGUAACAUCACCCAAACCAGCUUCCAUUUCACCACUUUCAUCUCUCUUUUGCUCACAUUACCUGUAAUUGAACGCGUCGAGGUGUGAUCCCAGCACGACACCGUUGAAUGGCUUCUAAAGUGGAGCAAAGCGCCUGCCGUUUUUUAUCUGAAAGACCCAUUCAAGUUUAAGUCGGGGGGCUUGAACGUGGUCCUGCGACCGCUCUCGGACGGUGUCAGGAAUAUGAGGUCGUGCCGGAAAUGUUGGUUAUUAUAAAGGACAAGAAUCUGCUCCAUGGUGCUGUAAAAUGGAUUUAAUUGUUAAUUGUUUUAGAUGUUUCCUUCGCUUUGCGAUCUUACUGGUCUGCACCUGCACUGAAGCUGAAUUUGACCCAGUCAGUAUUGGACCAAUAUAAAGUCAAAUAAUCAAUAGUUGUACUUAACAAAAAUAAAAAACAAAAAUUCCCUCUUGUAAAAUAGUUUUGGUACCCCUCUUAUUCACAACUGUUUCCCCGGAAUAAAACACACCAAACCGAGCAGGGGGCGGGCUUUAAGCCUUUACUUCCUGGAGCGACUAUUCAAAACAAGUAAUGAAUUGGAUUAACUUGUGAUCCUACUUCUCUCCACAGCAUUUUUGCACGUCUUAUGUUGAUAUUAGUUUGUUUUAUCUCUGCUUGGAUGUAUUCCUACCCACUGGUACUCUGUUGGUGCUGCCCGCUGGAAAUCACGGUCAAAUCCGCUUUAAAUAGAAGAGGAAAAGACUUGAGAUGGCAGGAUGAGUAGUCUUCUCCACAAAAUGCGCACAGUUAACUUUUUGGAGGGAUGCACUGGAGCUCCUCCCUGUUGAUCGUUUACCUAAGAUUCCUCUCCCUGCGUGGGUUGAGAGUGAUGCAGACUGGUACCAUACUGGACCUCGUGGUCUCAUUCUCAUUCCAAACGAUUGGAUUUGGCAGAAUGUCUGAAAACGGAAGAUCAAGGUUUGCAUUGAUGUGAAGUUGAGCUUUCUUUGAUCCAAGAUGCACAUGGUCUUUUUUUUUUUUUUUAAGGGAUGGUUUUUGUGCCAAAAUGGAAAGUGACUCAAGAAAUAUCCAGGUUUCCAUCUAUGAGGGGAACAAAAGACGGAAAGGAAAGGAAAAAGUCCCGUGUUUCACUAUCUGAAGUCUUAAAACUUUUCCUGAAACAUUCUGAGUGACGAACCUCAAGCAGACUUUAGCUUUGACGCCUCCCUCGUUCUAUUUACGGAGCUGCACCGCAUGACUGAGAUGUAGGUCUUUUUAUUUUAAUGUGUGAGAGCUAAAAAUGUGUGUCAGAUAUCUGGUUCGCGUUAGGUCCCCAAGUGCGCAAUGUGAACUCAAACCUUUGUUUUUCUUGUUUUUAUGAGCUUUAAUGUAGACUCUUACUUGAGUUAAAGUGACUUAGUUUACUUGCAAACGGGGAAGGUAUUUGAAGUUUAACUGUUUUGAAUUGAGAUAGAUUUAACGAAAUCCUUUUUUUUUUCUUUUACAACAGCACAAAUAUUGUAAAAUCUUACUGUUACGAUACUGGUACUGGUAAUUUUUUUAUUUUCAUGUGUCUCGGUCUGUUUCCAUGCUGAUAUAUAGUUUCAUGGUUCAUGUAAGUCCAGUAGUUCUUGUGAGGAGAACGUGAAACAGCUCGACCAUCUUCUUCCAUUUCAGUGCAUCUGAAUCAGAACCAAAGCAUUAACUUUAAAGUAGCUGCUUUAAGCUGCAUGAACUGACUCCUUUCAUGCAAAUAUGCAAAGAACUGCUCCAUUUAUCAAAGUUUCAGUCCGUGCCAUAGUCUUACAGAAGAUGACAGCUCUGAUUAUUUUAUUACAGCCCAGACAUUUAUGUUUCCUUCCUCCCCGAGAUUCUUCAUAGUAUCUGUGUCGUCCACAUCCACCACAUUAUCACACUUUAAAACUAUGCACCUCUUUCUCCUUGCGUUGUAUCUUUUUGGCAUUUAAACAAAAUAGAUUCAAACAUGGAGUUUCAAAGGACGUAACAUGAUGUUCAAAUACUCCACUGUGUUUUUACUUUUAUUGUGUUUGCUGUAAAAGGAAUAGCGAAGUAGGAUUCAAUUGGCCUCACAAAAGAGCUGGAAUCCUUGUAACUAAACACUACAAAGCUCUUGUCUGACUCGGUUCGCAUGAGUUCCCCGUUGCUGCCUCAUUAGGCCUCUUUCCUUUUGUUUGGGUGUAUUAAUAGCUCCAGUGUAAGACGAGGAAGGAGCGUCCUAUAUUGAGCUCUCCACUGGGAGCAAGGCUCUAUUAGCUGAUGUGCUGCUCUGCUGUUUGCUCCAAAGAAAAUACACAUCACGCGGUGUCUCUGUGGGACCAAGCUCACUUUCUCUGUAGGAACCUCAACAGCGCGUCCCAGGAUGGAGCCAGCUUCGUGGCGGCGUCUCUCGGGGCUGGUUCUCAAGCAAAACCCCCCUUUGAUGAGCAGCUUGUCUGCUGUGCCACUCUGAGGAAGAGAUGGAGGGUGGUUUUGAUUAAAGGCUCUGUUGUCUUUGAUUCCCUUUAUUUUUGUUGUUCUUCUCCUGGAAUUUUAAUGAAAGCUCUUUCCUGCCUCCAGUGCUUCCUCUUUUUUAAGAUUGAAAACAUAACACCCUAAUGGGCUAAACCUUUGGACGAAACGUCGAAACGUUAAUUAGAAGCCUGGCUGUUGGAAUUGUUCUGUGUGAAGCUGUAACUGGUGCCGUUUGUUUUACCGUCAAAGAAAUUGGCUUUUGAUCGUUUUCUGUGCGCUUCUGCACACUUUAGUGCCAUCAAUGUUUGAGAUUAAAGAGACACUUAAAGUGGCAUUGAUUGAAAUCGUGCAGUUUUGUUUUUGUAUGUAUAUUUGGAUAUUUUGUCGUGUUGGUCCCGGUUUUUUAGAUGAAUGUAACAUUUGACGUGCUUCUGUUUUGGCAGCAUUUAGGGUCAGUAUUCAUGGAGCUGUCCGUGGUGCUGAGGUUCCCAAAGUUUGGCACCGUAGAAACUAAUAAUUCUUGUCACACUGUAAAAAUAUGAUCCUUUAACAAUUCCUGGAAAGACGAAACUGUGAAGUAGCUCAAAUGUUUGUGCCAAACAGUUAAAAAAAGAAGAAAAAAAGACAAACAAAUUGAAAUAAGACGGAUCCUGUCCCCUCACAAUUUUUAAUAACCGUGAAUAAAAACUGCUUUGAAUAAGAGAAAGCAAAGCCUUAUAAAUAAAUGGUUGUCAAGCUGUUACUGACUUACUGAAAAAGUCAUCGGAUUUAGGGAUUAUUUUGUCCAUGAGCCACAUAAAUUGGAGUAUCAGUUAUAAAUAGAGGUGCACUGAUUACAAUUUUCUUUGCCGAUUCCAAAUUUACAAAAAGGUCUGACUUACUGAUUUUAGCUGAUUUUCUUUCUUCUAACAGUAAUCCUGAUGUGAUGUGUUCAUGAUGACAUGUUCAGUAGAGGAUUGCUUGUUUUAAGUGUUGGAUUAAGUUUGUUGUCUCAAAUAUUUUGGUUGCGGUUAAUCCAUGAGUUACUGUCUAAUGUUUGGCAUAUGAAAAAACAGCAGCAUGAUGAUGCCUUUACUGCCCCAUCCCAAUAAAAUCAAUCAAUAAGUCAAAUAAUGAGAUUUAAAAGCUGUGCAUAUGACACAACUAAUGAAUUGGGAGAAAAAAAUGAAAUAAAAUAAAAAUCAUCCAGUAUUGGCUGAUAUCAGCAGCUUUUUCUAAUAGCUAAAUGUUGCCAACUUCAAAUAUCUGCCAAGUGACUGGAGCAUCUCAAGUUAUAAAAGUUUGGGAUAGCUGCUUUAAAGGGUCACUAAUUCUUUUUUUGAGGAAAAAAAAGUUAGUUUUGAUGAUCUUUUUUUGUUAUUGACUAAGAGCCAUUUCAGAAGCGUUAAAUAGAGAAAUAUCUGUGCUCGACUGUGUGUGGCUACAGAGUUGUAUUCUUGCUGAACAGGAUGGAUAUCUUCCAGGAUAUUAUUUUGUGAAAUGUCUUUUCACAGGCGGAGGGACAUGUUGGUGCUUUUGUCUAAGAAGAUGGAGAGGGUUUACAGCCUUGUCGUCAUGCAUGUUCCCCUGCUUCUUCUCCAUCUUUGUUACUGAAUAGUGUCAAAAAAGUACUGUAGCAGCAUCCCUUUGAGAUUCAAUGAUACUUAAUAACUGCUUAAGAAAAAGAAAAGAAAAAAAACAAGUGCAAUCAAGCUUUAAGGGCCAAACUUUGCACUUAUAUUUUGUUGUAAUCAAAUGGUUUCCUCCUUGGUUUAUAUGUCUGAUUUGCUCAUCUGUCUGUGCCGAUGGAUGUUGACUAAUGUUUUUAAGAUAAAAAAAAAAAGCCUCAACCAGGUCGUUCUUUUAUUUCUGACAGGGACACCUGCUUCGUAGGGCACUGUGAAAAUCAUCUUUCAGGUCUUGAGGCAAACUAUUGAUAGUUGAGAAAAAUCUUGUUUUCGACCUAAUAAAUGCUUGUCUUGCGUGUUGAUGACAUCUGUACAUUCAAUUUCCUGAUAACAGUCCUGAGGAGUGUUUUACUUGAUCUCUGACUUCGUUUUCAAAUGUAUUAACUUCAUCAGGACAUUUUGUGAUACCAGAGUUUGUGUUUGAGGUGUCUGAAGGAUAAUAAAUUUACCUUAUCCUCUU